AUGGAGAGCUGCCGGACGCUGGCGCUCUGCGCUGUGGUGGCCGCGCUGCUGCUGAGCACCCGCGGGCAGGGGCCGGAGGGGCCGGACACGGACCCGUCGCGCCCUGCCCGAGACCUGGGAUCCCCCGGCGGAGCCUCCCGAGAGAAGGAGCUGAUCGAGGCUCUGCAGGAGGUGCUGGAGAAGCUGAAGAGCAAGCGGAUGCCGCACUUCGAGAAGAAGUUCGGGCAGGUGCCCAUGUGCGAUGCCGGGGAGCAGUGCGCCGUGAGGAAGGGGGCCCGCAUCGGCAAGCUCUGCGACUGUCCCCGGCGGACUUCAUGCAAUUCCUUCCUCCUCAAGUGCCUGUAA